AUGAACUCCUUCAUUACGCUUCACCGGCGCGUCGAGCGCACGAGAGGAUGGCUGAAUACAAUGAUCCGCCAGAACACCUCCACACCCAUCGAAGAUUUGGACGAUGCCUUCGUAGACAUUGAUUUCAGUGACGAGUCGGCUUCCAGCUUCGGCGUACAAUCACUCAGCGAGCACACCUUUGCCGACGAGCAAGAACUUAUCGGCGAAGCAGACAGGGAUGAUGACGCCCAGUCAGAUACGUCCACUGUCCCAUUCUCAGAAGAGGAGUGUCCUCUGUGCCUGUGGCUAUUGAAUCGCUGGAGAUUUGGGAAUUCAUACCUCUCCGAUGGGACAGCGGGCUACAAUGCCCAAGAAGGAGCCAAACAUCUCAGCAACGCCCGCAAGGUGGCCAUCAACUACGAGGUCUGCGGCAGAGGCGACGACAACACUUUCCGCGACCUCCGCUCAGCCUCCAAAGCACGCAAACGCAAGCGGCAGGAACAGGAAAAGUACUACUUCUGGAAAGGAGUCAAACCCGGCUGGCUAGGAAAGCAAGUCCACAACAUCUGUGAGCUGGACCCUGCGGGCUGUUUCUGUCAUUUCCGCCGAGUUCCUGAAAAAAAGACCGUCACUGUCACCAAGAAGAUGAUGUACGAGAAGGCUCAGUUGUACCCCAGACCGCCAACGUACCAUCACAGUACCAAGAAGGACCACCUUCGAGCUUGGCACGCAAGCAUCGAGCGGGCGAAGCAGGAGAGGAAGCACUCGCAGUACCCUGGAGUUGAUGCUAUCUACGACGACUUCGACGAUCGGUACGACUACGACGAGCCGCAUGCUGGAGAUGACUAUACGGCCUUCCGCAACGAUCACUGGGACUGGGUGAGGCAAGAGAAUUGGUGUUACAUUUGCGAGGCUCCUUGGGGACAAUGUGUGGGUUUCAGGAGUGACUUCGAAGUUGACCAUAUCGAAAGCAUCGCAUUUGAGACUUCGGCGGAUGGCAAGUCUUGGACGCUGCGCUGGGAACCGGAAAUCAGGCCGAAGGAGAAUCGAGCGCCUGCUGUGCUGCCUUAUACCAAGCAGGACUGGAUUGCGGAAGGUUAUGUGGGCCUUUACACAGACGAUGAUGCAUAG